GACGCGCUGUUCUAUAGAAGGCGAUGUUGUAGCCCUGGGCCCCGUUUAAGCUCUGAGAAGGAAAGUCGAGAGGAAAGGAUUGAAGGACAGAAUACAAAAACAAGCAUGGAGGCUGCAAUGAAUCGUAUUCGAAGAGUUUGCUUAGUGUUUCUGAUCCUACCGGUCCUGAUUUUAAUCUCCCAAUUUCUCGUUUGUAAAAGCGAAACUCAGGAAAAUCCGGUUCCGAAAGAAAAUCUCUUGGUAUUCACUGUCGCCACAAAAGAAACAGAUGGCUUCAAGCGAUUCAUGAGAUCUGCAAAUUUCUUCAAUUACACGGUUAAGGUGUUGGGUCUGGGUGAGGAGUGGACAGGUGGAGAUGUGACAAAAUCCUCAGGAGGCGGGCAGAAAGUACGGAUUCUGAAGCAAGCCUUGAAAUCAUAUGCCACAGAGAAAGAACUGAUCAUUCUGUUUGUGGACAGCUAUGAUGUAAUAUUUGCUUCAGGGCCUGACGAAUUACUGAAGAAGUUUCAUCAGGCAAAGCAUAAUGUGGUCUUUGCUGCUGAGGGCUUUAUUUGGCCCAAUCACCAUCUUGAAGUCCAGUACCCUCAUGUAAGGGAAGGCAAGCGAUUCCUCAAUUCCGGAGGAUUUAUUGGCUUUGCUCCAAAUAUUUAUGAACUUGUGGAACCCUGGGAUCUGCAGGACAAACAUGAUGAUCAACUCUUUUACACAAAAACAUACCUGGAUCCAAAGAAGAGGGCAAGUUUGAACAUUACUUUGGACCACAAAUGUCGGAUAUUCCAGAAUUUGAACGGAGCACUUGAUGAAGUGGUUCUGAAGUUUGAAGAUAAACGAGUAAGAGCACGAAACAUGGAGUAUAAUUCAUUGCCUGUCAUCAUCCAUGGAAAUGGUCCCACAAAGUUGCAGCUUAAUUAUAUGGGGAACUACAUUCCAAAGGUCUGGACCUUUGAAACUGGCUGCACAGAAUGUGAUAAAGACACAAUAAGUUUGGCAGAAAAGACGGACAGUGAAUUACCUACAGUGUUCAUUGGAAUCUUCAUUGAGCAGCCAACACCAUUUGUCGAGAACUUCUUUGAGCGUUUCAUGAAUUUGAAUUAUCCAAAGAAGCAACUCCGAAUAUUCAUCCACAACACACAAACCCAUCAUGAGCAGCAUGUGUGGCAGUUUGUAGAGCAACAUGGGGACACGUACCAGACUGUGAAAGUAGUUGGACCUGAUGAGGAGAUUGCCAAUGCAGAUGCUCGCAACAUGGGGAUUGACCUGUGCCGACAAGAUGUGACAUGUGACUAUUACUUCAGUGUUGACAUUGAAGUUGUGCUGCAGAAUCGUGACAUCCUGAAACUCCUCAUUGAACAGAACAGACCAAUACUGGCACCACUGGUCAGUCGCCACAAGAAGCUGUGGUCUAACUUCUGGGGGGCACUUGAUGUUGAUGGAUAUUACGCCCGAUCAGAGGAUUAUGUGGAUAUUGUUCAGCAACGCAGAGUUGGUCUCUGGAAUGUUCCAUACAUCUCCAGUGUAUACCUGAUCCACGGCACUUUGCUUCAAUCAGUCCUGACUGAGAAAGAUCUCUACCAUGCUGGCAGCCUGGAUACAGACAUGGCUUUCUGUCAUAAUAUCAGGGAACAGGGAAUUUUCAUGUACAUCACCAACAGGCAUGAAUUUGGACGCAUUCUCUCCGUGGCAAAUUAUCAUACUGAUCACCUACAUAAUGACCUUUGGCAGAUCUCUGAAAACCCACAGGAUUGGGAAGACAAGUACAUUCAUGAAAACUAUAGCUCAAUAAUCGAAAACAAGAUCCUUCUACAGCCUUGUCCAGAUGUAUACUGGUUCCCUAUUUUCACUGAAAAAGCCUGUGAUGAUAUUGUUGAGGAGAUGGAACAUUAUGGAAAGUGGUCAACUGGAGACAAUAAGGAUAAACGUAUUCAGGGUGGAUAUGAAAAUGUGCCAACAAUUGAUAUUCACAUGAAUCAGAUCGGAUAUGAGAAAGAAUGGCAGAGGUUUUUAAGAGAAUACAUUGCACCUUUAACAGAGGAGGUCUACCCAGGCUACUACACCAAGGCGUUCUCGUUUCUGAACUUUGUAGUGAGAUACAAACCUGAGGAGCAGCCCUCGCUUGAACCCCACCAUGAUGCCUCAACCUUCACUAUUAACGUAGCUCUAAACAGGGCAGGAGUUGAUUAUGAGGCUCUCUUUGACCUGGCCUUUGUAGUUAGAUAUAAACCUGAUGAACAGCCAUCUUUAAUGCCACAUCACGAUGCUUCUACUUUUACUGUAAACAUUGCACUCAACAAGGUUGGAGCUGACUAUCAGGGAGGUGGCUGCAGGUUCAUCAGAUAUAAUUGUUCCAUCCAGGCUCCUCGGAAGGGCUGGGCCCUCAUGCACCCAGGGCGACUAACCCAUUACCACGAGGGUCUUCCAACCACCAGUGGCACAAGAUACAUCGCUGUCUCUUUUGUUGACCCUUAAUUAAAGUGUUUACUAUCUGAGUGCAUGCCAUGGAAACUGUUACAGACUGUUUGUGACAUAUUGCAAUUUGACCUUUCUCAGAAUAUUGCAGCAAGGAUGGCCCGUGUUCCUAUUUUGUAUAUAAUCAUUUAUAGAAUUCCCAAAGUGCUUAGUAUGAAGAGAUAAUCACACGAGGUGCACUUGUGUCAGUUGUGAGGUUAGACUGAGAUUUAGUCAAGUCCAAAAUAAAAUAUAUCUAACUUGUAGGUUCUAAAGAUGAAGCAUAGCUCCCUCCCUUUAAUAACCAGAUGAUAUAUAACCUACAGAUUUUAAAGACACAGGUUACCCCUCCCAUAAUAAGCUGACUAUAUGUAAGCCAAGGAUUCUAGAGACACAGUGUUACCCCACUGCAUAAUAUUCAGACCCUCUGAAACCAAGACCCUGGAGGUACUUGGCUAUUCAAUUCCAUUUUAAUUUGAAUUGGCUGGAUACAGUAAUUCACAGGUAAAUCAGACUCUGUUUUUUUUGUAUCCUGGAGUUCAAAGUACUCCUACCUCUUUCACAGCCAGAAUGACAAAGAGGUUACUUUGAGUGCUUCUGUGCUCUGCAUUAGGUUAAACCCACUGGAUAUGUGCAUGCAUGUUCUGUAGUUUGGGGCAGGAUAAUUUUGUAUUAGUUUAAUUAUCUGCCAAGACUGUCGCAUGUGGGACAGAAAUAUCAGUGCCCUUUGCAAAAGAGGCAAGUUAACGAUGGAAAAGCACACAAUAAAGUUCAAUCAAUAAGCUUUAUAGGAAGGGAUAGAAAGGAGAUCUAGUUGUGAAUCACACUGACUCCCAAACUGACUGAUGGGUUGUAGGGAUUUCAAAUGUGGACCUAAGUUGGUAGUCAAAGAAUUGAGGUGAAAUUUCUUCAGAGGGUCUGAAAAUAUAGUACAGGUAUAUCACAGCCCCUUAGAGCCACUGAAAGAGUUUAAAAAGGAGAAAUUUACUGGAGAAAUUAAGUUUAGAAGGGCUAGAAGAAAGGGCUGCUGCUACCUUUAAGAGGUGUCCUAACCCCUGCUAGUUGUACUGUCUCACUAGAACCUUUAAGUAUUCACCUCUUGGAGAACAAACCUGAGGAGUGUGUCUCAGUAUUAAUAAAGGUUGAGAUUAAAUUGAGCAUUCAUAGAUCCGGCUACAGAUUUCACUUUAACUUUACUGGUGGAUCUCCAGCCUAGGUGGCAUUUAUUGCAAUUGGAGACUCUCAAAGUGUCACUUCCUGUUUUGGUAUUUUGUCCCUGACAUUUCUCAUUAUAAAGGCCAAUUUUUUUUUGUCUUUGAACAUAUGUCAAGAAUAAAGUUGACUCACCAUGUCCUAAAAAAUACACACAUCUCUCUGCUGUGCUUACAGCUUGAAUUUCAUGCACUGAACCCACAGUGUGACUGAAUAGUAUUAGCAAUACUGCAAAUUCCCUCCAGAGUCAUACAGUACAGAAACACCCUUCAUUCCAACUUGUCCAUGCCGACCAGUUUUCCAAACUAAACUAGUCCCACUUGCCUGUGUUUGUUCCAUAUCCCUGUAAACCGUUCCUAUUCAUGUACCUAUCCAAAUGUUUUUUUACAAGUUAUAACUGUACCUGCAUCUACCUUUCCUCUGGCAGUUCAUUCAACACAUGAACCAUCCUCUGUGCGAUGAAGUUGCCCCUCAGGUCUCUCUUAAAUCUUUCUCUUCUCACCUUAAAAAAUGCCCUCUAGUUUUGAGCUAAUCCAUCCUAAGGAAAAUACCUUUGCUAUUCACCUUAUCUACGCCCCUCAUGAUUUUAUAAAACUCAACAUGGUCACCUCUCAACCUACUAUGCUCCAGUAAAACAAAUCCCAGCCUGUCCUUCUAACUCAAAGCCUCGAGGCCCAGCAAAACCCUGGUAAUUUUUUUCUGAAUCCAUCCAAUUUAAUAAUAUCCUAACAUGUUCAGGGUUAUAAGAUUGGAUUUAAUGGAGCAAUGGUGACAGACAAGGGCUUACUCUUGGGAUUCAUAGGGACACUGUCAAGUCUCUAAGGAUCAGUAAUGUUUAAGACACUUCUCUCGCUCUCCCAACUCUGGUGGCUAAUUUUCAGCAGCUUUGUUUUUGCCUUUUAAAGAUUAUUCUUCAUGUCCUAUCGUGUUUUAUUUGGCUUUCACGGGGCAUAGCUUCUCAGUCCAGAUCUGGAGAAGGGCUGAAAAACAUAGGUAACUUGAUAAACUUUGCAUCUUGUUACUAGUUCUGCUGGAGGCUUGGUCUGUGUAUCCACAAUAAGUAUCAGAAACUGUCUAUAUACUGAAAUUUGCACGUUGGACACUUAGCAGCUCAUAGAGAUCCAAUAAAGAUCAAUCAGAACCAGAAGGGUCUUAACCGGAAGAUAUACAGAAGGAAAAUGUAGAAAGUAAGAUUUGAGAGCAUAUGGAAUCUCUAACCCUUUGAUUCAAAGUAAAAUAAAAUAAAUUAUCUUCAAACA